AUGUGCUUCCUCCUUCUUAUUUAUCUUCUCUUAUCGGCCAACGUCGCGGAUGUUUUCACGGAGGACGCCGACUGUCAGGUUUACAACCACCUAUAUGUCUGUUUGGAGAAUGGCGGUUUUCUUCACAGCGUUGCUUUUGAGGACGUCAACGCUGUUCAGACGAUCGAGGAUAUCGAGCUACAUCUGGAGAAUCUCGAGAUCAUUAACAUCACCAGGAACGCCUUCACCGAGGUCAGCAACUCGUCCGCUCUCUAUGUACGCGACAAUCGAUUAUCGAGUAUCAGCCGGCAUUACUUCGACACCCUGAAUCAGCUCACUUAUUUGGACCUGAGGAAUAAUACAAUCACCAAUGUAGAAGAUGGUGCUUUCGCAAGUUUGAGCGAUCUGGAGACUCUGUUGCUGGAUCACAAUAAUCUCUCGGACUUGCGACCCGGUGUGUGGAGGGGUCUUUCGGAGUUGCACGAGCUCUAUAUCACCCACAACCAGCUCGCGUUGAGGCGGAACAUGUUCAAGGGACUCAGACAACUGGAAACCCUGGUCCUGGACUCGAACGACAUACCGGAGAUACCGAUCGGCGCGUUCAAUGGACUAUCUCAUAUAGACCUUCUCUAUCUGUCGCGCAACAAGAUCUCGACCUUGCACCCCGACGUGUUCCGUGGUCUCAGCGAGAUAAACGAGCUUGACUUGGGCAAGAAUCGACUGAGGGCAAUUCCCGCCAAUGUCUUUCGGCACAUGAAAUCGUUGAACUCGCUCUGGCUGAACGGCAAUCAGUUGACAGUGCUAAAGUCCGACGCCUUCCAAGGUCUCGACAAUUUGCUAUUUCUCUUCCUGAACAACAACGACCUCCGUUACGUCGACAUGGCGGCAUUCGCGAGAAUGAAGAACAUAACUGUGGAUCCCGGCUUCAGAAUACGUGGCUCGUUAGUGGGCGACUUCAGAAAAAUCUAUGGUCGAUAUCAGUGCAUUAGCGUGGCGUACCAGUUACCGUACGACUGUACAGAGAUUGAUUCAUAGAUUCCAGGAACCGGCUGGAGCUCAAAUUUUUAAAGGUUACGGUCAAGACAAUCCUCCUCAUCCUUGCUAUUGGAAAACUUCUAUGGAUUAUGGCUGGUACGCGCCGAC